UCUCUGAGUGACCUUCCUGCCGGCUUCCCCUGCCAACAGUAACUGAAGUGUUGAGAGAGUGGACUCAGUGGCGGGAGAGGCAGUCGUCACCAGCUGGCGUGGGGUGUGCAGGCGUGGCUCCCGCGCAGUAAUAUACUUCCAUCACUAUUCUAAAAGGUGAAGCAGUAACGAUGAGAGUGGCUGUAAUGGUUGUGGUGUUGGUGGCGGCAGUGUUGGGGCAGGAGGCAGUACUGCCGGUAGUGAACACUGAGGAAGGCAGGAUCUCUGGCCUCAAGGAACACUCUCUUAAUGGAGCUGCCUUCUACGCCUACAGGUCCAUCCCUUUUGCCCAGCCUCCGGUUGGAGACCUGAGAUUCAAGGCACCCGUGGCCAGUUCCAGGUGGGACGGUGUUCGGGAUGGCUCGUCUGAACCCCCACUUUGCUUACAACCGACCUUUAUGACCAUGUUAACAAAAACGAAAGAAGUGCACGGCUCCGAGGAUUGUCUCUACCUCAGUGUGUUUACGCCUUCGGAGCCUGGCAGCGGCAGGAGGGACUUGCCUGUGAUGGUCUUCAUCCACGGCGGCGCCUUCUUCUGCGGGAGCGCCAGCGGGUCCGGUCCCAACGCCCUUCUCAACCACGACAUGAUACUGGUGGUGAUGCAGUACCGCUUGGGAGUGCUAGGCUUCCUCUCCACGGAGGACGACACUAUCCCUGGCAACUUCGGGCUGCUGGACCAGGUCCUGGCACUGCAGUGGGUGCAAAGGAACAUCCACCACUUCGGUGGUGAUCCACAGAAGGUCACCAUCUUCGGAGAGAGCGCCGGCGCUGCUUCCGUCAGCUACCACCUAUUGUCGUCCAAGUCCCGAGGUCUCUACUCCCGGGCCAUCAUGCAGUCUGGGUCUGCCCUCAACCCGUGGGCGCACUCCAAGUCUCGUCGGGAUCUGGCCCUUCACGCCGGUCGGACCGUAGGAUGUGGGGAGCUGGAGGACAGUCACGGCCUCUUGGGCUGUCUCCAGCGGGCAGACGCAGACAAACUCGCUUCUGUUGUGUUGGACUUCCUUGUGUUUCACAGGUUUCCUCUAGUGAAUUUGGGACCGCGGGUGGACGGGGACUUCCUGGUGGAGGAACCGGCGAAGACACUGAAGGAGGGCAGGCAAAACAAUGUACCUAUCAUCAGUGGAGUCACAACUGAUGAGGCAGCCAUGUUCUCUAUAGAAAUGACUGAAAAUGAGUCGGUUCUCGCGAGCCUCAACGAGAAGCUCUCAGAGGCCUCUGUGGCCAUCCUGGAGAUCGGAGCACACGAAGACAACCCGGUUGACUUGGCCAACAAGAUCUUCCAACACUACCUGGGGGGAGUUAACCCAGGAGUGGACUACACUGAACAGUUCAACCAGAUGAUGAGUGACCGUCUCUUCAAGGUAGGUGCUCACCACACCUCGAGGUUACACUCCCAGGUGGCUACCACCUACACCUACGAGUUCAACCACCGCGGCCAGUUCAGCCUCCUUAACGUCCUUCCAUGGCUUUCUACCGAAAAUAAACACUGGGUGAGUCAUGGUGACGACCUUCUCUACUUGUUCAAUGGUGGCGGAGUAUGGGCUGCCCUCCAUUUCUCCAACCCAGACGACCUGUACGUUCGUGAUCUAUUCACCCAACUCUGGUUUAACUUCGCUGCCACUGGGUCCCCUACACCUGACGACUCUCUGGGUUUCAUCUGGUCACCUACCACACCAUCCGCCCCUUACCACCUGAACCUCAACUCUAAGCCCUCGAUGGUUCCGGACUCGCACUCUGAGAUGAUGGAAUUCUGGACGUCACUUCCCACUAAGGAGAACCUCAUACUGUACCCAGAGAGAGAAGUCACACCCAAAAUGGAGGAGAAAGAGACAAGAGAGGAACUGUAGCAAGUGACAAAAUCAUCUAAGCUGAAACUUAACAUCCAAAAUGUUUAUUUGGGGGGGUAUUAUUAUUAAUAAUUAUCUAUUAUUAUAUUAAUUAUUAUUAUGCAUAAGCGCUAAACACAUGUGGAGCAAACAGUGAAAAGUGACGUAGAUGAAACCAAAUUUGAUCCAGAUAAGAGGUUAGGUCCACUUCCUUGGAUAAAGAGGCCACCGGCAUCAAGGCAUGUCCCUAGACGAGGCUUGAAAGGUUUGUCGAGUCAGCAGUGAACAAUAUUUGUUGUCUGGUGAAGAAUCCUUGAUUAGUACCGAAAUAUACACAUCCCUUCUA